AUGAAGGCCUCAGUCAUUGCAACCUUCUUUGGGGUACUUCUUGCGUGUACAUAUGCAGCUAAGGAAGCCACAAAGAAGACCAAGAAGGCUAAACUAUACAUACCUCAGAUUGACUGCGAUGUCAAGGCUGGGAAGAUAAUAAAUCCAGAAUUCAUUGCAAAAUGCCCUCCAGGAUGUCAAGAUGUAAAAUACCGUGUUUAUGGCACAGACAUUUAUGCUUCUUUUUCCAGUGUGUGCAGUGCUGCAAUUCACAGUGGUGCAAUAGACAACACAGGUGGGAAGAUCCUUGUUCAGAAGGUGGCUGGCCAUGCUGGGUACCGAGGGAGCUUCUCCAACGGAGUUCGGUCGUUGUCAUUGCCACGCUGGAGGGAGUCCUUCCUCGUCUCAGAGGGCAAGCCAAGAAAAGGUGUGACAUAUCCAUCAACUCUUGAAUUCUCUUCCUCAAAGAGCACAGCUGUUAAACCUGAGCCUAAGAAGCCAGAGCAAGACCUAAAAGUUCCAAAGAGUGCAGCCACACCUGAUACAUCAGGGAAAGCCUCGGAACAAGGGGACACGGUCCACAAGGUGUAUCAGACAUCACCGGAACCAAUGCCAACCACACAAAUGGCAGCCACAACACCAACCCCAACGACCACAACCACAGAUCCUUUCAGCACAACACCAAAGGCAACCACACCUGCAACAACAAGAAUCACAAUAGACUCAGCUGCAGCCAAGCCUCGACCUGGAUUGCACAGGGUCAGGGAUACAGGUUCUAGCAGCGUCCACCCUGCAUAUUCCUCUGUGGCAGCUGCAGCAUCAAGACAAGUUCAGGCUUCACAAGGAAGAGGACUGAAUACAGCAUUCAGGGGCACUUCCACAUCUGCAAGUAACAGGAAUAUGUUGCGACCCAAUGCAGGUAUUCAGCGCCAAGAGCCUGUUGCCACCAUCCGCAGGCCUGCCGGGUCUCCAGCCCAUCUGGCAAUGGAAACAGACUUGUGGAAACCUGGACUGAGCUUUUUUGACACAGGUUUUGCUUCAAAGGAGGAACUGAACCUGAAGCCACUGGAGACAACCUCCCAGGGGAACCCAAGCUGCAAGGUGGAUUUAUCCUUCUUGAUGGAUGGGAGCUGGAGCAUUGGUAAACGCCGCUUCCAGCUCCAAAAGCAGUUCCUCAUUAACGUGGCUCAUGCCCUCGGCAUCAACAAUGCUGGGCCUCUGAUGGGCAUCGUGCAGUACGGUGAUGACCCUUCCACAGAAUUUAACCUGAAAACAUACACCAGCCCCAAGGACCUAAGAAACGCCAUUGAGAAAAUCCCUCAGAAAGGUGGACUUUCCAAUGUUGGAAAGGCACUUUCAUUUGUCAACAAAAACUUCUUCUCGGAUGCUAAUGGAAACAGAGGUGGAGCGCCCAAUGUGGUGGUGGUAAUGGUGGAUGGGUGGCCAACCGACAGGGUGGAGGAGGCCUCCAGGCUGGCCAGGGAAUCAGGGAUCAACAUUUUCUUUGUCACUAUUGAAGCAGCUGCUCAAAAUGAGAAGCAAAAUGUUAUUGAGCCAAACUUUGUGGACAAGGCAGUGUGCAGAACAAAUGGCUUCUACUCCAUCAUGGUGCCCAGCUGGUUCAGCCUCCACAAGGUCGUCCAGCCCUUGGUGAAGCGGGUCUGUGAUAUCGACCGGCUGGUUUGCAGCAAGACGUGUCUUAAUUCAGCCGACAUCGGUUUUGUGAUCGAUGGCUCCAGCAGCGUUGGCACCGGCAACUUCCGCACAGUCCUCCAGUUUGUAGCCAACAUCAGCAAGGAAUUUGAGAUUUCGGACACGGACACGCGUAUUGGAGCCAUUCAGUACACGUAUGAGCAAAGACUCGAGUUCAGCUUUGAUAAAUACAGCACAAAGCAGGAUGUGCUGAGUGCUAUCAAAAGGAUCAACUACUGGAGUGGUGGAACCAGCACAGGGGCAGCCAUCAGCUACGCCUCUGAGCAGCUCUUCACCAAAUCCAAACCCAACAAGAGGAAGAUCAUGAUUCUCAUUACGGAUGGCAGGUCUUACGAUGAUGUCCGAAUGCCAGCCCUUACAGCUCACCAAAACGGAGUUAUAGCUUACUCCAUUGGAGUUGCUUGGGCUGCUGAAGAUGAACUGGAAGCCAUUGCAACAGAUCCAGAUAAGGAGCACUCCUUCUUUGUGGAUGAAUUUGACAACCUCUACCAAUUUGUUAAUCCUCUCAUCCAAAACAUUUGCACAGAGUUUAACUCACAGCCACGGAACUGA